AAGAGCUUUGCGCUUCUAUUCUGCCCCUUCCAUGGACGCCUAUGAGGAAAAGAUCUACAACAUCUUGAAGCAAGAAUUCGAUCCUAAGAAUUUACAGGUCAAAGAUGUGUCUGGAGGGUGUGGGUCCAUGUUUGCCAUUUCCGUGGAAAGCACCAAGUUCAAGGGCAUUCCCAUGAUCAAGCAGCAUCGUUUAGUCAAUGAGGUGUUGAAGGACGAAAUCGCCCAGUGGCACGGGUUGCAGUUACAGACCAAGUCUGUCUGAGAGGAUGUUAGAUUGAAAAAGCGUCCCUGGGUAACUUCGAGUUACAAUUAAGCUGCCAGGAAAAGUACCCUAGUCCCCAAAACUCCAAAAGUUUAGAUAUCCAGUACUGGAUCAUCCCAUAAAAAAUAUAGACACCAAAAUAUUGUAUAUAGUGCUAUCUAAGGUGAUAGAGAACUAAUAAAAACAAGCGAGUUAGAAGAUGUGAA